GCCAGUUUUCUGUUUCACUCAGAGCCUUCCUUCCACCUGUGGAAUGCGAGCGACACUGCGCUUACUUCUGUGCUGAGUCGCGUGUCUAGUCCCAAAUAAACCUGGCGGAAAAACACGACGGGGCGGCGUGCCGACCAUUUUGCCCCUUUGCGCGGAACACCGUCGUGGUUUUUUCAGUCAGCUUUCGCGACGGUAAAACAGCUUCUCAACGAUUCAUCUCAAGCAAAGCUAAGCCUUCAACUUCCCUGCCGAGAUUCCGAGUCUUCUUAAAGCCCAGCUCCGUUGAGCGUGCCGGCUGUCGAGAAGCUGUCGAACGCGUGCUCUGAAGAAACAAGACGUAGCACUUUUGCGAUGAUUCUUUUUUUCCAACCACUCACAUUCAGUUUUCUCAUCAGUCUCGUUUCCCGUCUUCAUUCGCUCUGGGCUGACCCCUCUUUUCUGCCGGACGCCUCACCCGGAUGGGCUUCCUCGUGCCUGGUUUACAAAGGAGGCGCGUUGCCGUCUUGUUUUUCUCGACCUUUUUUUUCUGCUCGUUCCUAUGAAACCUAGUCCUAACGCGGUCGCAUCGCUUGUACCUUCGCACUGGAUUUCCCCGGCUAACAGUGCACCGUCUUCAACCUGUUUACGUGUGCCGUGACAAGAACACAGUCAAAAUGCCGGGGUCUCGGCGAGGUGCGAGAAGCGGCGACAAUGAAGAGUUUGUUCCGCAUGAUGUUGUAACGUUUUCUCCGCCCUGACCUCGCGUCUCUCAUCUCUCAAAGAAGGUCUUCUUUCCCCCAUUCAGAAACACACAGAUUCGUGCCCUGCUGCCGUGGUGACCUUGCUUCGUACAAUUGUGGCCUCGCGCCUCCCAUUCUUGUCACAUGGUCGAAAUCCUUGAUUUCUGUUUGUCUCUGUUUCUACUCGUCCCCUGUCUCACCUCUCUCCGUCCUCCACGCCGUUUCACUGUCUGGGAACUGCCAUGGAUUUGUUAACUUCGUCGCUCGCUACCCCCGGCGCUUCUGAGCAAGACUGCACAGACGAUGGGAUCUCGAAGGUAUGUACAGUCGGAACGGCGCUGGACACGAGUGCUCAGCGACUGGCUUCUCCCAGUCCGUCCCCAGAGCCCAGAUCUUUUCACUGCUCUCCCGACUCUUCCGUUCCGCCUUCGCCGCUUCAUGGUGGCGCGUCUGCAAACGCAGGUUCCUCCGACGCUUUGCCGGAUUUUCAGGAGCAAAAGCCGCUACUUCCGCCCCCACGCAGGGGACUGACAGAUCCUACGUACGGCAUUAUUUGCGCACCAGACAGCCUGCGUCCACGGAUCCCAAACAGCGUCGCGCCCCUCCCGGCGAGGCCUGCAGACGACCCACGGGCGGCGCUGCUCCUCCAGGCAGGCGAAGAAGCGCGGAAAGAAGCCGAGGAGUUUCUGUGUCAUAGUGGACUGCCGGAGCGCGACAAAGAAGAGGCGGCGAUCGAUAGGCUGCUAAAGGGACUCCGCGAGGAGUCUCAGGAAACAAACCAUGCAAAAAUCAUCGAGUGGUUCUCUCUGCUCUUCGCCCUCGCCGCCGCCGUCGCCACAAUUGUCCUUGGAAGCGUAAAACUCCAGCUGAACGACCCCUACUACCGAUUUCUCGUGGCUGCGGUAGGCGGAGAAGCCUUGCUCGCCUACGCUCUCCCGGCUGCAAUCGUCCUAUGGAAUCUGUACGCGAAUGACGACGAAGAGACAAACAGUUUGAGGGCGGUCUCCUGCGAUCGUCGUGCGCUUUUUCUGAUGAAUGCAUGCCGCAUUCUUCUGGGCGUUUUCCUUUUGAUCGUUGCGGCCUUCGGCUUCCACUCGCACCAGCAAGAAGAAGGAGGUCAAGUCGAUUUGAGUACCGUCAAGAAGACCUUUGUGCUCGUUUCGGUCUGCCAGCUGGGCAGUGCCUUCGUGUUCGCCAUUCUCGCUGUCUACGCGUGGCUAGCCGCUCGACUUAUUGCUAACAAGGCGAUGCAAGCGAGCGCAGUGACCGCUUUUGUUGAGGUGAUUGUCAGCGUCGUCAACGGCUGGGCGCAUUUUUACGACUCGAUGGCGUUGGCUGCUGUUGAAUCAUCUGUGGGUGCUGCUAAUAAGCGAGUGAAGUACAUGGAGUACGUGGAUAUUUCUGCGGCAGGAAUUCUCUUCAUCCUUGCCGUUGUCGACUUCGUUGGCGCCCCAAGGUCUCCCAAAGUUCCAGCACGGUGAUAUGUAGGCGGAAGCGGCAUUCCGUUGAUAUAGGCGUUGACGAACUACGGCCGUUUUCGUCUGUCUGCCUUUCUGACCAGGCUGGGCCAAUAAGUAUUCUGGACUCGGAACGUAGAGAAGCAUCUAGAGCACAACCCAGCUCCGGUUGCUUCAGUAGUCUCUCUCCGUUGCGUCAGGGAGGCACACUGGAGUGUUUUCUUUCUGUGGUAAUUUUGUUUUUUCACAGUUUGGUCUCUUCUAGUGACCAUUUCUUCCCGUUAGCGGUCUCCUUCCCUCGGGCACGUGGGUGUCCGUGCUUGCUGUUGCAUGCCGUGAGCAAGCGUGUGGCUGUGGAUUGUGCUGGGAAGCGAGUGCCCGCGGACUAUAGGUUCGUGGGGACGAAGCGCAGACUCAUCGCCUUUUCUCUCCGUUUCCCCGGUGAAGUAUUUGAGAACAAUGCGGCAACUUUUAACCUUUUUUUCCGGCUC